AAUAACAACGAGUCCACAAGACCCUCUACAAGAUGUUGGACUUCUUCGCCGUCAUUACCAAGGGCGGCCUGGUGCUGUGGUACUUUCAGGAUGUGGCACAGCAGCUCAAAACCUCCAUAGAUGCCAUAAAUGCCCUCAUCAGGAAUGUGGUGCUACAGAAGGCCCAGCCACUCCUGCCGCAUAGAUCCACAUACAUAGGCCGAGCUCUGUCUGACGGAGGUGAUGAUGGAGUUCCCAGAUUGUUCCGCUCUACUCAUACUGUAUGCGGCGUGGCGACGCAGCACAGCCAGACAGUUUAUCCCAUGCCCGGUGAAGGCUAGGGAUGAGCUAGUCCAUCUAGGAAGCCCCAGAAGCCGAUUGAGGAUGUCGUUAUGACAGACCCUAAGACGGUAUAUGGAGGCAUCCCUAUACAGCGACCACAACGAGUUGCAGUAGAGAGAGUAGCAGUGGCUCCUGAACUCCAACUUCACCUCUGUGCUGCAGAAAGAGAAUUUCCUCAGCAGCGUGUUGCCGAUGACAGAGCGGGGAGGGAUGGAUAUAUACACGCAUGGGAAUCUUGCCUUAAAGCAGCAGUUAGACAAUGAGUUUGACUUGCUGUUUGUGGCGGUGUACCAGAAUAUACUCCAGCUGUCGUAUGUUGACAAGUUCCUCUCUGAUGUCCAGCGCGAGUUUAGGGAGAGGUACCGAGAUGAGCUGAAGGAGGGACUCUACUACCAAGUUAUUGCUAGUGGAGACUUCAAGGAUGACUACCAUCGCAUCCUACAUAUGGCGGAGGCGGAGACGAAGAUGGUGAAGGCAGAGAUGAAGAAGCCGCGCAGCUUCCAUGAGUCAGUCAAGUCCACCAAGACUGUGAGCUCAAUGAUCAUGCGUGGAGGCAGUGACCAGCAGCAGCGGCAGCAGCAAGCAGCAGCAGCUGCUAAAAGGGCAGCAAAGAAGGAAGACAAAGCUAAGAGAAAGGACAUUGAAUGUAAUAACAACAGGAAAGAAACACGGGUAGAAGAAUUAGAAGUAGAAGAAGAGGAGGAGGAGGAGGAGGAAGAGGAGGAGGAGGAGGAGGAAGCAGGCAACAAUGUGAUGGUUAAUGGAGGUGGAGUGGAGGAGCUUGGCACUGCCACAGAGGCAAAAACGCAGGAUGAGCUUGAUGCAGAGACAAUGAGGAAAAACCGUGAGAAGUUGUUUGGCAAGCGAGGCACUCCCAAGGCUAACAAGAUGGACAAGGCCAAGAGCCCCAAAGCCAAGGGCAAAAAGGGUAAGGAGGCAACAGUAUGGGAUCUCUGUGGCCAGGACUCUAAGAGCCUGGACUAUUCUUCCAAGAGUGGGAAUGGCAGUAACCCCACACAGUCUUCCCUGCGUCCUGACUUCCUCCCUGACCAGUCCCAGAUUGGGACACUGUCGGGCAACCUUCGUGGAAUGGACAUCCCCAGCGAGAAGGAGACUCGGGACAAGAAAUCUCAAGGUGGCGUUUUCUCCAUGUUCCGAGGGUUGGUGGGAGGCAAGACUCUGAGUGAGGCUGACCUUGAGCCUGUCUUGGAGAAGCUGAAGGAUCACUUGAUUGGAAAGAAUGUGGCAGCAGAGAUUGCUGGGAAGCUGUGCCAGUCAGUUGGCAAGAAGCUGGAGGGAAAGGUACUGGGCACCUUUGAGGGCGUCACCACCACCGUGCGCAACACUCUCACAGAGUCCCUGGUGCAGCUCCUCACCCCCAAGAGGCGCCUGGACAUUCUCCGAGAUGUAGUGGAGGCCAAGAAGACUGGCCACCCCUUCACCAUGGCCUUCUGUGGGGUGAAUGGUGUUGGCAAGUCAACCAACCUGGCCAAGAUCACAUUCUGGCUGGUGGAGAACAACUUCCGAGUGCUCAUUGCGGCCUGUGACACCUUCAGAGCAGGUGCUGUGGAGCAGCUGCGCACCCAUAUGCACCACCUCAACGCCCUGCACCCCCCUGAGAGGCACAACGGCCAAGUCAUGGUGCAGCUCUUCGAACAGGGCUAUGGGAAGGAUGCUGCAGAGAUCGCACGCCAUGCUAUUGAGUUCUCCCGCAAGAAUGGAUAUGACGUUGUACUGAUUGAUACUGCCGGACGUAUGCAAGACAAUGAACCACUCAUGAGGGCCCUGGCCAAGCUGAUUUUGGUGAAUGAGCCGGACCUGACCUUGUUUGUGGGCGAGGCUCUGGUGGGGAAUGAGGCAGUGGACCAGCUGGUAAAGUUUAACCGUGCUUUGGCCAACCAUUCCACCAGCAACAACCCCCAGAUAAUAGAUGGCAUCCUCCUGACCAAGUUUGACACCAUUGAUGAUAAGGUCGGUGCUGCCAUCUCCAUGACAUACAUCACAGGUCAGCCCAUUGUAUUUGUUGGGACCGGCCAGACCUACACUGACCUGCGCCAGCUGGAUGCCAAGGCUGUGGUCCAUGCCCUCAUGAAAUAGGAUAACCUUUGGCUGUGACACAAGUGUUCAAUAUUUAUGAUGUCUUUUCCCACUCAGGUUUUCUGAGAACUACACCAUUUUUCAAGGUCAAAAGUAUCAGUAUUUAUACAUACUUAUAUGUAUUACUGUCAUGAACAAUAGUUAAAUGUUUCCUCCACAUAUCCUCUGACAAAGCUUUCCUGUUGUCAUAUUAUAUAAUAUUGCCAGUGUUUAUAAAAUGUAGCUAUAUAGGGAAAUGAUAGAGGUGGGGGGGGAAAUAAACCCCUAUGAAGUGGCAGGACAGUGUCUAAAUAAAGACACAGACAACCCUGAAGAUGGGAUCUAUAAAUGGGAAUAGUGAAGGCAUCUGCCCAAGCCUUCCCAGGAGGUAGGAUCACAGUAGGUGUAGUUGGUAAGAGACAUUUCACUGGCACUUCAGUAAACUUUAAUGUCUGUUCACUAAUACUGCAUCACUAUAUUCAGUGGCAGGAAUACUUAAGUGAAGUUCUCGGUAAAUGUUUGUGGGAAAUGUCUAUGUAAAUGAUCUUCUCAAGUGUAUCUCAAACUACCAUUUGUUGGUUUGUUGCCCAUUUUUAAGUCCAUGAUAUGGUAUGUUACUCAAGGAAAGUGUAUAAUGAACUGCAAUAUGUUUGUGCUCAGUUGCACUCCUUUGGUAAAUGAAUGACAAUGAUAUUAAGUAAUGAUUUGAUGCAUUGGUCUUGGACUUCCUAUUAUCAUAAUAUGCAUCAUUCAUUUCUUUAAUAAAGAUAAUAUAUAAUAA